CGCGAGCCUGUUUAAGCUAAAAUUGCAAUAAAAAGUAGUACUAUGGUCUACAGUUAGUUUCUCGUAAAAUUUCGCACCCAAGGGACGAAUACUAAGCCCCUGUUCAGCAGAUUUCGUAAAGUUUGCACUCUGAUUUUGACUAACGAGCAGAUUGGUUCCUUAAUUUUCUGAUUCAGUCUAUAGUAAUGAAAUUCUUACACAGUUACAAUUUAUUAGAACUUCUGUACUAAUACUGUGACCUCGGUUUGCUCUACAGUCAAAAGUGCUUUUAGAAAUAAAAUACGGGUCAAGGCGACAUGUAAAUUGAUCAUCAUUUUCAUGCACCACGCAGCUACGAUAAAAAAAAAUCGUAGUGAGCGCAGGUGGUACCAACUAUUUCACAUUUUGUUGCUAAGGAGUUGUAAAAUCAAUUUUACUCAAGGACAUAAUUUCUGUGUAAUCACUAGUCACAAACACAUUUAUGGAACUGUGUUUUUAAGGAAACGAUUAAAAUGAACGAUAUGGAAAUAGAAUCGCUGAAAAAUGAACUAGAGCAUGAAAAAAAUUGUAGAGAAUCCGCAUCCUGGCAGAAUGGUGAAAUUGAAAAACAAAUUAUGCAAAUGCAAGAAGAACUACGCAAACCAGAAUAUCCAUGGGAUCAUGACGAUGCCUUGUCUAGAGAAAGCUCUAAACACAAACAACUCUUAGACGCUAUAGAUACUUUGAAGGAGCAACUUCCGUUGUUGAAGGAGAAAAUUAAAAAUGCAAAAAUGUGCGGCCCCGAUUGUAAGCUGAAACAUGACGAUUUAAAUAUAAAUUUAGAUCUUUUAACCCCGGCAGAACUGUUGCGUACAGUGAAAAGAUUUGAAAGGCUCAAAACUGAUUUGAUAAGUACACUGCGCAGUAAAGAAUGGCGUUUGGAUUCGGAGUCAAAGCUGUUCGUGAGAGUGAACGAUCAACGGACAUAUUUACAAAACGAGUUGAUGAUAUGUCAGAACAAUAUCAUGAGACUGCAGAAGAAUGGAGGGUAUUGGCAUUCCAGGAAUUUUACUCGGAAGAAUGACGAAAGAGUGUUCGACCCAAAGCGGGGACCAAUAAAGAAGAUGAUUGGUAACGAACUAUUGCCGCCUAUAACGACUUAGCAAAUUUCCCGCGUAAAUUUGAAGUUGAAUCAACUGUCAACUGUCAAAAACGUUUUUCAUCUCCGAAGAAGUCAGAUUGUCAAGUCCUAAUAGACUUUGUACCGUAGUGUUUAUUCAAAAUAUAUGUAAUAUCUAUUAACAACAUUAUAUUAGAUAGAAUUAGCUCACAAAUCCUUUUUUUACAUAUUAAGUGAAGAUAAAAAUCACGUGAAAUCAUUAAAUGCCGUUUGUAAGCAUUUCGCAUUAGGAAUCGUUUCAGAUUAGAUAAAUUUUUCGUGUAGAUUAUUUAAUAAAAAAGUAAUACACUUCCAAUUAGGAUGUUCUAGUAUCAGAAAAGAAGCAGCAAUAUUUUGCGCAGUUUAUGAAUUCCUUAUCUCCUUCCUUUACUGACUCAACUGACUAACUUCAAAAAUAGCUUCAUACGGAAUUAUGGAAGUUGUGCAACCAUUGUAAUUUUGAUACUACCCUUUAUUAAGAUAGUACAAUAUAAUCUUCAUGAUAAAUCUUUCAAUAACAUUUUCAAUAAGAUUUCCAAUAACAAUAAAAUUAUUGUAUAG